AUCCUCCUCCUUUACUCAAGGCUUCGAGUGGGUCAAGUGCAGCUUUCCCUUAUAAGGUCUAAUUCUCGGCUCAAGCCUUCUCAUUAAUCGCCAGCACCAUUGUUACAGGGGAAGAAGAUGAGUAGUGUUUGGUUAAGAGGAGGAUUGCUUUUGGUUGUAGCACUGGCUUUGAUCAUAGUAGGUGGAGAUGGGCAAGAGUCCACAACGCUUGUUCCGGCCAUCAUCACGUUCGGCGAUUCAGCGGUGGACGUAGGGAAUAAUGACUAUAUUGCUACUAUCUACAAGGCUAACUACCCUCCUUAUGGCAGAGAUUUUGUAAAUCACAAGCCCACUGGGAGGUUUUGCAAUGGAAAACUGGCCACUGAUAUCACUGCUGAUACUCUGGGUUUUACCACUUACCCACCAGCAUAUCUUAGCCCACAGGCAUCAGGGAAGAACCUCCUCAUUGGAGCCAACUUUGCUUCAGCUGCAGCUGGUUACGAUGACAAAACAGCCGUCCUAAAUCAUGCGAUUCCAUUGUCGCAGCAAUUGCAGUAUUUCAAGGAGUACCAAGGAAAGCUUGCAAAGGUAACAGGCAGUAGCAAAGCAGCAUCCAUCAUCAAGGAUGCUCUGUAUAUAGUAAGUGCUGGAAGUAGUGAUUUCCUUCAGAACUACUAUAUUAAUCCUUUCCUCUACAAAGUCUACACUCCGGAUCAGUACUCAUCAAUCCUUGUCAACACUUUCUCGAGCUUUGUUAAGGAUUUGUAUGGGCUGGGAGCUAGGAAAAUUGGGGUGACUUCACUCCCGCCAUUGGGUUGCCUUCCUUUAGCCAUCACUCUGUUUGGAUUUCACGAGAAAGGGUGCAUUUCAAGGAUCAAUGGCGAUGCCCAAGGAUUCAACAAGAAGGUCAACUCGGCUGCAUCAAAACUUCAGAAGCAACUUCCUGGCCUUAAGAUUGCUGUUUUUGACAUUUUCAAGCCUCUCUAUGACCUUGUCAAGUCUCCCUCAAACUAUGGUUUCGCAGAAGCUGGGAGGGGCUGCUGUGGAACUGGGACUCUGGAGACAACCACAUUGUUGUGCAACCCCAAGUCCGUAGGAACUUGCAGGAAUGCCACUCAGUAUGUGUUUUGGGACAGUGUCCACCCAUCCGAGGCCGCUAAUCAGGUUCUAGCUGAUGCAUUGAUUACCCAAGGCAUCUCCCUAAUUGGGUAAAGGAUGUAUCUCUCUCUCUCUCUGUAUAAUGUUCCGAGACUGUUACUAUAACGAUCUACUUAAUUUUCAUA